CGGAAGACGAAGAGCCCCUCCGCGCUCAAAAGAAAAAAAAAAAGAAAGUCUCAGCUCCAGCUCUUGCUUCACUAGAUCUCAGGCCUCCCCCUUUCGUAAAGAUCCGAUUAUGUAAUUUCCUUUGUUUUUUUAAUUUUUGUCAACCAAUCAGAUGGCUUCGAUCCGUCGAACUCUCUCACCAGCAUAUCACGACCGUUCGUACCAGAACGGCGCCGGAUUCUCUUCUCCGUCUCAGAAGUUUUUUCCUAAUGGAAACAGUAAACAUUUCUCAUCGUCUUCAUCGUCAGUGCAUUUGCGGUUGUUAUUCAACGCGGUAAAUUUACUGUACCGCAAAGGAUGGCGGCGAUCUUUUUGCAGGUGUAUCUUCUUUUUCCUAAUAGGGUUUCUUUUUGGAAUUACUCCGUUUGGACACAUCGAUACCGAUAUCCAAGCUAAGGAUUUCCCUUUCCCCGAACUUAAGCCUCCACAUGUGAACCUCCAACUGGACGACCAGAUUGUUACUUCCGUUUCGUUGGGCGUUAAUACGAGGUUGCAAGAAGACAAGGAAAUUACCGCCGAUUUAAUCGAGCCGUUAAAGCAGUUAAUCGUCGUUACGCCGACGUAUAAUCGGGGAUUCCAAGCGUAUUUCCUGAACAGGUUAGGGCAAGUUUUGAGGUUAGUGAAGCCUCCGCUGGUUUGGAUUGUGGUUGAGGAGAAAACGGCGUCUUUUGAGACGGCCGAGAUUUUGAGGAAAACGGGAGUUAUGUAUAGGCACGUGGUGUGCACACGCAAUUCUAGUAACGUGAAGGACCGAGGGGUUCAUCAAAGAAACGCCGCUUUGGAACAAAUCGAACGGCAUAAGCUCGAUGGGAUCGUGUAUUUCGCCGACGACGACAAUGUCUACUCGCUGGAGUUGUUCGAAAGCUUGAGAACUAUUAGCCGUUUUGGAACUUGGCCUGUUGCCAUGCUUGCACAAAGCAAAAACAAGGCAAUUCUGGAAGGUCCAGUAUGCAAUGGAAGUCAAGUAAUUGGAUGGCACACAAAUGUGAAAAGUAAAAGACUUCGUAGGUUUCAUGUUGAUAUGUCAGGAUUUGCUUUCAACAGCACCAUCUUGUGGGACCCAAAGAGAUGGGGACGCCCAUUCUUAAACCCAACUCGACAGUUGGACACAGUGAAGGAGGGUUUCCAAGAAACUACAUUUAUAGAGCAAGUGGUGGAAGAUGAAAGUCAAAUGGAAGGUGCACCACCUGGUUGUUCAAGGAUUAUGAACUGGCAUCUCCAUUUAGAUACUGGCAAUCUUGUUUAUCCCAAAGGCUGGCUACUUCAGAAGAACCUAGAGGUUACUUUACCUAUUAAGUGAUGCAAAGCUCAUCUCUACAUUUUUUUGAUGCUGAGUGCAUAAGGGGUCCUGCUCAUAUUUGGUGCUCGUGGUUCAUUAGUUCAACUUUCCUGAGCUGAUUUUCUGCAACCGUCAUAUAGCAGGCCCUACAGAUAUUCAUCUGGCGGUGACAAAGAAACAGAAGAUUUGUGACUUUUUGUUUCUAGAAUUUUGUAGCGUGAAUAUUCUUACAGAACAAAUUCUUGUAGAGUUCCGGUGCUUUGGUGUUUUGGGGGGGAUUUAAUUUGUUAUUUUUCAGGAGCAGUUUACAUUCCUCCCCUCUCCCCCAUUCCCCAAAAAUAGAUUGGUGUUUGGUGGGGGUUUGUUGUGGAUCCAUAGUCUAUACCCUGUACUUAGGCAUUGUUAUCGAAAUCAAGGGCGAUUUGUUACUUGUCCAAGCAUUUGAAAUGCCUUUACCUCAUUCUUGUAAGUUCAUGUUCUUUUGUUGUUUUCUCCCUCAACUUGGACGUUUGGCUCAGAAUUUGGGAUGGUUGAACAGGUCUCUUCUAUGUUUA